AUGCCUACAAUCCUGAAGUUCCGAUGGUAUGACUUUACGGCAGUAACAGAAGAGGGCGAGUUCUCCGACCUGACGAUGGUCUCCAAGUUCCUGAACCGCGAAGUGUGGAGCCUCCUGAAGAGCGGGUUCAGAAGAACUCAUCGACAAGCGACGCAUUCUACGAGGGAAAAGGAGGUUAAAGAAAAAGAUACAAGACAGUCAACAGAAAAGACUUGGCCAAUGUGCCAAGGUGGACACUUCCUCGUCGACUUAAGCGUGUGCAGUCUGGUUUGCUUCAAAUGUCUUCAAGGAAUACAUCGAAAGGAGAGCUGCAAGAAACCACCAUGUAAGGAAUGCAAGAGGUGGUAUCAUCAUUUGCUGCACGUCAAAUCAGAAAAUAGGACCUCGUGA